AUGAAUAAGUUGAAGGCGUUCAAAAAAGGCAUCCAGGAUGUCAAAGACGGCAACGAAACGGCUUUAGAAGCAAGCAAAAAAGAACUUAUUUCCAUCCCCGAGCUUCCCGAACUAGUCAUUGACUCUUUCCCACAACAAAAUUCCAGGUACGCAGCAAUCGAUUCAUAUCAUAAGCAUUCAGAGAUUCCUCAUGAAAUAGCAUCCCUUGAGUAUUUGGAACACCUCAAUCUUUUUAACAAUUGUAUAUCGAAUAUUACCCCGAAAAUAUGCGAACUCAGAAACUUGCGUUCUCUUAUACUCGGACUGAACAAAAUCAAUACCCUGCCACGUGGCUUUGGAGCUUUUCCUGCACUAGAAGUUCUGGACCUCACCUACAAUAACUUAAAUGAAAAUAGUUUACCCGACAACUUUUUCAAUCUUGGAACUCUGCGGGCACUUUACCUAUCAGAUAAUGACUUUGAAAAGUUGCCACCAGGGAUUGGGAACUUGGCGAAUCUUGAAAUUCUUGCAAUGCGCGACAAUGAUCUUCUGUUCUUGCCUUCGGAGAUAGGAAAGCUUACACAUCUCAAGGAAUUACACUUGCAAGGCAACAGACUGCGCGUUUUGCCUCCAGAACUAGGCAAUGGCACGGCGCAUGUUGUCAAACUGACUGGAAACUACUGGGUUUCACCUAUCGAGGAUCAGCUUCAAGUAGGAAUCUCGCACGUAUUCGACUACAUUCGAUCAGAAACCUAUAAAUUCCUCCACGACCGUCAUAUGGCCUCAAUGCAGGAUGUCCCACCAAAGUCUGACAAGUCUAAAAAGCUCAGCCGAAAACGCUAA